AUGGAUUUCUGUCUGACGGUCCUAUGUGCCCUCCUGGCAGCCGUCCUAGGGGGGCUCUACCUGGUGGGAGCAUUCCGCAAGCGGAGAGCCAACGAGCCCCCAGUGGAUAAAGGCCUCAUUCCCUGGCUAGGGCAUGGCUUGAACUUCAGGAACAACAUUUUCAGUUUCCUGCAGCAGAUGCACAAGAAACACGGCGACGUUUUCACUGUAUUGAUCGCUGGACACUACUAUACCUUUCUGAUAGACCCACUGUCUUUUGGGGCCGUGGUGAAAGAAGUAAGAGCCAAGCUGGAUUAUACCCCCAUUGCCUUUGAACUUGUCAGUAAUGUGUUUGCCCUCCAGUCUUCUGAAACGAUGCAUCAGGCAAUAGAGACAAUUAGUGUCAAGCACCUUUCAGGAGAUGGGUUGGAGGUGAUGACGCAAGCCAUGAUGGACAGCUUUCAGAAGGUGAUGCUUCAUGACCUGGGCUCUAGAGAAGCCCCGACGCCCUGGAAACAAGACGGGUUGUUCCACUUCUGCUAUAAUAUGGUUUUCAGGGCUGGAUAUUUCGCUUUUUAUGGAAACAAGCCCGGUAAAAGCGAGAAGGAGAAAGAAAGUGCCUUGAAACAGGACCUCAAGGAGUCUGAAGAAAUCUUAAAGGAAUUCCGCAAGUACGACCAGCUUUUCUUCCGCUUAUCUUAUUCAUUAUUGUCUUUUGGAGAAAAAAAAGAAGUUGAGAGUCUCUGGAGCUACUUCUGGAACACCCUCUCGGUGAAGAAUGUCUACCAGAAAGACAACAUCAGUGGCUGGAUCAAUGACCAUCAGCAGCUGCUUGCUGAGAUUGGCAUGCCCGAGCACAUGCGGGAUCGGUUUAUGUUUUGCCUCCUCUCCGCGGUUCAAGGCAACACGGGUCCGGCUUCCUUCUGGCUCCUUGCACACCUUCUAAAGAACCCCCAGGCCAUGGAGGAGGUGAGGAAAGAAGUGACCGCAGUGGUGAGAGAUUCUGGCCAGGAGCCGGGCAACGCAGUGCUGAAUGUGACCCGGGAGAUGUUAAGCCAAACCCCAGUCUUGGACAGUACCGUGAAAGAGGUCUUAAGGAUGAGAGCGGCUCCGAUGGUGACCCGGGCUGUGCUGGAAGACAUGCAGCUCAAGAUGAAUGAUGGAAGGGUGUACGCUUUGCGCAAAGGGGACAGGGUCGCCAUUUUCCCCUAUUUGACCCACAUGGACCCAGAAAUCCACCCCCAGCCCCUUGUUUUCAAGCAUGACCGCUUUCUCACCACGGAUGGCAACAAAAAGGAAUUCUUUAAGAAUGGGAAAAAGGUGAAAUAUGCCACCAUGCCAUGGGGGGCAGGGGUCUCCGUUUGCCGGGGGCGUUUCUUGGCAGUCAAUGAGAUCAAGCUCUUUGCCUUCCUCAUGGUCACUUGUUUUGAGAUGGAGCUGGUGAACCCAGAAGACAAAAUUCCUCCAAUAGAGAAAAGACGUUAUGGGUUUAGCAUCAUGCAUCCCACGCAUGAUAUCCAGUUCAGGUAUCGGUUGCGCUAUUGAGUGACACAGAACACAAGGCAGGAGUCAGAGACCAGUCUGGUUUUAGACCCAAAUAUCUUUGUUGGGACCUAACAUUUAAACAUCGUGUGUUUCUGUAGACAGAAUAAAGCAUUUGUUUAGGCAUAAGAAAGUAAUGUUUCCUAGUACUGUGAGAUUGCAAAGGGAUCUUGUAGCAUUUUAAAGACUCACUGAGAGAACAAUAUUGGUAACAUAAGUUCGUAGACUAAGAAACCACCUACACUGUAGAAAAAUAGCACAUUAACUGCAGGUGUGUCAAUGUUGUGGUGUCAUGGGAGUUAUAGUUUUUGAGUUAUUUAACUUUUUCUAUCAAAGCAGUGUGGUGCCACAACAAACUACACAUCCCCAGAGUCCCUAGGAUGGCGUUUUGGUAGUGUCAAACUACAUUAAUUCGACAUUGUAGAUCCACCACUCAUUUCAUAUAUUCUCCUUGGGUUAUUGCUUUCUUUCUUUUUUUGGACAAGUUUUCUGCUUAUCGCAUAGGGCAAAAUGAGUGAUUAAUGGCAAACAAGAGUCACACAAGGACCCUAGAAAAAUAUCAUACUAGUAUGUAGCAAAAUGUGAAAAUUGUUCUGUUCCUGGUUUGAGUUGUCAUUUCCUGUAUAAUUGUGCAGGACUUACUUGGAAAGUAGUUGUUCUACUCCAGAAUCUUCAUUUUUGUGGCUGCAAUUUUAAACCUUUCCUAUGCCAUUUUUAACCUUUUGUGCAGACCACAAAACAAAGGGUUUUUUGCAGUUUAAUAAACUUUUCCCAUGUAUUUAUGACAGAACCAAUUAGGAAAUGGGAUUUAUAACCCAGGAACAAAAAUCGUGUGACAUAGUGUUAUUACUUAGCAGGGAUUUUAAAUGUCAAGGUUCAGCUGUUAAUUCAUUUUUUCAUAGAUCUCCCUGUAAUCAGCUCGGAGUGUAGUUGCCUUAUUUGAAAAGGGGAGGGGGGGGGGGGGAACCAGGCCGGGUGGCCUUUUCUGAAAGCAAAACCUGACCUUUUAUACAUUUGGAACAGUAGAAAUAGAUACAGAAGCUUCUACUACUG